AUAAGGAUUUUGGUCCAACAGGUUUUAAAAAAAAAUGGCGGUUGCGGGAAUCGGCAAAGUGGCGCUCGGUUCCAUCGCAUUUGGCGUGUUCUGGAUCAUGGCCGUCUUCCCCGCCGUUCCAUUCCUCCCCAUCGGCCGCACGGCAGGCUCUCUCCUCGGCGCCCUCCUCAUGAUCAUUUUUCAGGUGCUAACACCUUCGCAAGCCUACGGAGCCAUCGACCUCCCCAUCCUCUGCCUUCUAUUCGGCACAAUGGUCGUCUCCAUCUACCUCGAAAAAGCUCACAUGUUCCGCUACCUCGGCCGUCUGCUCUCCUGGAAGUCCCUCGGCGGCCACGACCUCCUCAUACGCGUCUGCCUCAUCUCCGCCUUUGCCAGCGCCCUUUUCACCAAUGACACCACCUGCAUUGUUCUCACCGAAUUCGUCCUCAAAUUCACGAAGCAGCAUGACCUCCCCCCCUUAUGUCGCCGUCUCUGGUUUUCGCCUGCGUUGAUGUCGCAUAAUUCGGGGAUGGGGAUGGCGGAGGCUGGGCCGGUGAAAGAGAUGUCGCACGAAUCGGCACCGGAGGUGGCGGGGGAUGGAGAAGGAGGGUCGCAUAGGUUUUCGCCUGCGUUGAUGUCGCAUAAUUCGGGGAUGGGGAUAGUGGAGGCUGGGCCGCUGAAAGAGGUGAUUGAUGAGGAGAAGGAGAGGAAGGGGAGGAGGAGAGGCAUGUGUUUGAAGGGAGGUGUUUAUUUGGUGACGGCGGGGAUGUUGGCGGCAUUAUUAUCGGGAUUAGAUAUGUCCUGGACUGCGCUGACGGCUGCUAUUUUGCUCUUAGUCAUUGAUUUUAGAGAUGCCGGACCUUGCUUUGACAAGGUGUCUUAUUCGUUGCUUAUAUUCUUCUGUGGGAUGUUCAUCACUGUUGAUGGGUUCAACAAAACUGGGAUACCAAGUGCAUUUUGGGGACUAAUGGAACCUUUGGCUAGAGUUAAUCGAGCUAGUGGAGUCGCUGUGCUCUCCAUUGUCAUUCUUCUCCUCUCAAAUUUUGCUUCCAAUGUUCCCACAGUUCUCUUGUUGGGGGCUGAAGUGGCCAAAUCAGCUGCAGCAGUUUCUGCAUCAGAUGUAGACAAGGCAUGGCUCAUACUUGCUUGGGUCAGCACUGUAGCAGGAAAUCUAUCGCUGCUGGGCUCGGCUGCCAAUCUAAUCGUAUGCGAGCAGGCGCGCCGAUCCGAGCUGCAUGGAUACAAUCUCACAUUUUGGAAGCAUAUUUGUUUCGGUCUCCCAUCAACGCUGAUCGUCACCGCCAUUGGCCUUCCUCUCAUUCGAGGAUAG